AAACAGACGCUCCAGCCACGUCUCGUUGUCGCCGCGACUGUUCGGGGUCCAACACCGCACCGCAUGAAGACCCUGAUCAGCAUCUGCCGAAGACAAGACUGAUGGAGCGAAUAUCAUCCUCUGAUAGGGUCUCGACGGAUCCCACGUAGUCAAUAUACCGUGUCCUACUCGAGCCUUUCUGAAGCUAUUCUCGCCGUUCAAUGGUUGUGGUGGUUACUGUCCUAGACCCAGACGAUGCCUGCCUCCAAAUAAAUAAAACAGCCUCGUGUCGGUCACACCUCAGAGCCAUUUGCACCUUCAUCCGCCAUCAUACGUGCUAUUGAGGUUGGGGUCUCAACUGAGGUAACAGCCAUAAUCGUCUUGAAUGGUAGUCGGCACAAGCUGUGCGGCUCUCGGUCGCGCCAGGGACUCGAUGCUCUGCACGGCUGCGUGAUAUUUUGCCCUGAUGUGGUAAAGUCUGGACAAAAGCGAGACACUCAGCCGCCUGAUUCUCUUUUGUAUUGCAGCCCAACGCUCCGCCAUUCUGCAUACACCAUUCAGCUGUUGCUCUUUUAUAUAAUACACAUGCAAACAGGGCCGGAAUGUCGAUUGAUCAAUUCUACUUCUGCAGAGACUGGUCGCGCGUUAUCAACCGUGGCAGAUGGCGCCGGGGCCAUUGGAGCCCGCCCGACACGCGGCGCUUUCAGUGCCCGCUUGGUCGCGAAGAAACAUGUCCACGUCAACAGCAUCUUCCCUGCUGGCAUUGAGAAACGUCCACCGCCUCUCAGACGUCUAAAACCAGCAUUACUUUCAUACUGGAUUAUAUGUUUGUUCUUUUACGCUCAUUUCGUGUUACAGAUUGGAAGGUUUGCACUUUGGUAUGCUCCAAGCUCCAAUUGCGUGAUCUGAUGUCGGUUUCACACAAUGACACCUUGAGUCAACCACCUCCUAUACUGUAUUGACCGCUACCCCAGACCUCCCAUUCCUCCCCAGUUUGUUUGCUCUCACGCUGUUGUCUUUGGCAGAUUGUUUCAAUCCCUUCAGCAUCUCAUCAACCUUCUGCGCAACUCAAGUUGCCCCUGAUUCAAUGACAACAGUCCUACCCCCAGCGGUAUUAGAGGUGGAAAGAGAAAGAGGCAUUUAUGGGAAUACGCGCAUUGCUCGUGACGUGUCGGAGUUCGACCAUAACCCGGCAGAAGCAUUAAUACCCCAGAUCCCACCACAAGUAUCAGAGAAGACCUCCGAGCGAGAGCGGCAAGGGUGGCUCACGGUCUCACCAUACCUAGAGCCUGAACACCAGCUAGAUCUUGAAAGCAUUAAUACGCCCAACCAGCUGCUGGCGUUGGCCUUGACUCACCUUCAAGCGGUUACUCCCGACUACGCAACGGUUGAUUACAAUGCUGCCUUCAAUUGGGAAGCUGUCAUGUCGCAAUUGAAAGUCCUGUCAGUGGCCAAAGGAUAUAGAUGGAAACGCCAAAGCUUCUACGUGGUCGAAUUUAGAUCCAAGCUGAAGCAGGACAUCGACGUUGACCUCUUAUUCAGGCUCGACAAGGAGUCUCACGCCGAAGCCACGGCAAGCGGCGGACUGUUGAAGUAUUGGUAUGGUGUGGCCGAUUCUGAGAGAAGGAAUCUUGCAACUUGCCUCUGGCGAAGUAAGGAGGAUGCCGUUAAUGGCGGUCGUGGUCCCUGGCACAAACAGGCUCGGGCUGCAAUUGCUCAAAUGUACGAGAUGAUCGACGUCCACGGUCUCCGUCUCACAAUUGAAGACGAUGUGGAAGACUGGAGCUUUGGCCCUUACCAUUGAAUGUCAUCGGGAAUUUAGGAAUGGGCCAUGAAGUAUAGUGGUACACGCCGUGUUUGGUGUCGAUCGGGAGAAAUGCACUUUUUCAUCGCGUACUAGGGGUAUGGUGAGAUUUAUGGACGGCCACCUGGCAUAGACGGUGGAUAGACCGCGCAGAUCUAGAGUGGCAGUUCAAGAUAGAUUGCUAUAAAACCACGGUGAGAUGCAUUUACAACGCUGUACUGUUCAAGUGG